CUCUUGCGGGUUCUCUCUCCUAUCGCCUUCUCUCUCUCUCUCUCUCUCUCUCUCUCUCUCUCUCUCUCCAUUUCAUCUCCUCUCCAUUUCUCCACCUUCUCUCUCCCAUUUUCUGCUUCUCAACAACAAUUUUAAAAAAAAUCAUUAACAGGGGAAAAACAAUACCCCUCCUUGGUCUAACCCUCCACCUCUCCUUUCUCCAUCGAUCUCUCCUAAUCGGGAGAGAAGAGAGUUCUUAUAUCAUAUCUCAAUUAUGAUAUAAUUCGUAUGAUUCUCUUUAAAAACCCAUAAAAAGAACACUAAGUAACACCAAAGUAGAUACGAUAAACGUAACAAUUUCGGUGCGUUGUCGUGGUUUGAUUUAUUGGUUCAAUAUUUGUUUUCUUGGUAAAAACCACCCACCCAUACAAUUAUCACAAAGCCAACAUUUCAUUCAGAAAACAAGGAAAACCAUAAGGAGUAAAGAUGGUGGCUAGCAGCGGAAGCGGAUCGAGGGAGGAGGGUGGUGGGUCGAGAAAGGGGGUGAAGAAAGGGCCGUGGACGACCACGGAGGACGCGAUGUUGGUGGAGUACGUGAGGAAGAACGGGGAAGGGAAUUGGAAUGCGGUCCAGAGGAACUGCGGGCUGUUGAGGUGCGGGAAGAGUUGUAGGCUGAGAUGGGCUAAUCAUCUGAGGCCUAAUUUGAAGAAGGGUUCGUUUUCUGCCGAAGAAGAGAGGCUCAUUAUUGAGCUCCACGCCCAGCUUGGUAACAAAUGGGCUCGCAUGGCCUCUCAGCUUCCCGGUAGAACAGACAACGAGAUAAAGAAUUACUGGAACACCCGAGUCAAGAGACACCAACGUGCCGGUUUGCCCAUAUACCCCGACGAUAUUCAACAACAACAACAAUACGAUCGGUAUCCUCAACUACACCAACAUAAAAAUUACCACAAAUCGAAAUUCAAUCCCUCUCACCCCCUCCUUGAUCCAAUCACAAAUUUCCCCACAAUCCCGAACCCGUCGCAACCACCCUGUCCUAGUUCCUCGUUCCUCUCCAAUCCCAGCCAACAAUUCGCGUUUUUUCGCAACAUAGAAAGAAGUGGUCGAAACUUUUCUUUGCCACAAUCAUCUUCGUUCUCUCCCUCAACCUUGUUCAAUCAGAGCUUGAUCAAGACAGAAUUUUUGCCACCGUACCAAAACCCGGUAUUCCAAUUCAGGCCCGAUGAUUUUGAGAUCAACCCGUUUGCGAUUUACCCGCCCUGUAACGAAACAGAGCUCCCUUCAAUCCAAUCUCCGGCGGUGGCAAUGCCCACACCGGCUACUUCCGGGACUACUUGCGGCGGUGAUUACACUGUGAUAGGGACAACAGGCGACGCACCUGAUCAGGCAGCGGCCAAUAGUGGCCUGCUGGAUGCUCUUUUGGAGGAGUCUAACGCUUUGGUGCAAUCAGAAAAUUUGAGGAAUGAAGUUUCAUUUGGGGCACAUAGUAGUUUCCAGCCGGAUGGGUUGACGGAGGAGGAUGCUGGCAAUUUCUUCAACGAUUCGAGCUCUGCAAACUCAUCUGUUGGGAUGAAGGAAACGGAACCAAUAUUAAUAGAAGAGAUGGAUCACAGUGAGGAUGAUUUUUCCAGCCUGUUCAACAGCUUCCCAUUGACUGAUCCAGUUCCUCCUUGGUAUGAUGCAAGUGCAGACAGUUCGAAUGGAAAACCAUCAAAUAUGAAGGAAUAUGGAGAUUCUGCAAUGGACAACUCACCCGACGGUUCACACACGCCUGGCAAAACUGCCCCGGCAACAGCAAGCCCUGAUUGGAGUCUGGGUUCGGGCUGUUGGAACAACAUGCCCGGGAUAUGCUAAAGGACUCGGUGAAGAAUUAUUCGAUCAAAAUAGAUCAAGUAUAGGGAAACUUGUACUUCCCUAGCUAUCUCCGGGUGGCUUUCAAUUCUGUCGUUGUAACGAUCAUUGAAUUAGAGUUCUGAUAAUAAAAUCGGAACAUGUAUUAGUUCUACCAUUCAACGAGUACUGCCGUUUUGUUGGUUAGACAAUGUGCGAAGUUCGUGUUGUGUUUUUUU